AUGGAGGAGGUGGAGGAGAUGAAGGAGGUGAAGGAAGUGAAGGAGAUGAAGCAGGGGGAGGAGAUGAAGGAGUGGAAUGACACGUGUGGCAGCAUCAGCGCGGUACUCACGGGUUUCUUCUCUUCGCAGAGAGGAGCUCUCUCGCCCGGAUGCAGCCUCCCGACCCCGGCAUCCCCUGCGUCCCAGCAUCCCCCCAGCGGCGGCAUGAAGCUGGAGGCGGUGAUGGAGCACCUGCAGCGGCAGCAGGCGGCGCGCCUGGCCCUGGAGGAGCAGCGGCGGCAGGCGGAGCGGGAGCAGGAGCUCCGCUCGCACCUCCAGCGGCAGGCUCUGGCUUUCUGCCAGUACCAGACGGCCGUGCGCGGCGCACUGACCGCCGGCGCCGGAGAGGCAGCCGCCGCGCUGCCUCCGCCGCUGGAGGAGGACGCAGACUCCGAGUCGGAGCGGCGCGCUCAGGGAGGUGACCCGGAGGAGCAGGAGGUCGUGGACGGAGAGGGGGGCGAUGGGGCGAUGCUGAGCCGCCUCCACCUACAGGCUCGGCUGCCUCCGAGGAGCGCCUCGGCGCAUCCAGUGGCGCGCAUCCCGGUGGGCUUCCUGGAAGCUCCGUGCGCAGAGUCGCCCCCCACGCGCCCGCAGUCACAGCACGAAUGGACCUAUGAGGAGCAGUUCAAGCAGUUAUACGAACUGGAUGAUGACGAAAAGCGCAAAGAGUUUCUCGACGAUCUUUUCAGUUUCAUGCAGAGGAGAGUAUUGUGUUUGCUUUCCGCAGGGACUCCAGUGAAUCGGAUUCCUAUCAUGGCCAAGCAGGUUCUGGAUCUCUACAUGCUCUACAAGCUCGUCACAGAAAAAGGCGGCUUAGUGGAAGUCAUCAAUAAGAAGAUAUGGCGCGAGAUUACCAAAGGCCUCAACCUGCCCACCUCCAUAACGAGUGCCGCUUUCACCCUCCGGACACAGUACAUGAAGUACCUCUAUCCGUAUGAAUGUGAGAAGCGGGGGCUGAGCUCCCCCGCUGAGCUCCAGGCUGCCAUCGACAGCAACCGCAGAGAAGGCCGGCGGCAGAGUUACGGAUCGGUCAUCUUCAGCUACUCUCCUGCCGGAACCCCGGGCCUCCUGUCCUCACCAAAGAUACAGCCUCACCUGUCCAUGCUCGGCGCCAGCAGCAGCCGGAUCUCUCAGACUCCCAUGGUCAAGACAGAGGAACCCAUGGUGGUCGGCUGCCUGCCCGGCCGGGCCGCCCUCGCCCUGCUGCCCGGCGGACACCAUGCAGCCGCUGUGACUCAGGCCGCCGCUCUGGAGCAGCUCAGAGAGACGCUGCAGGCCGGAGAGCCCCCCCUGAAGAAGAUGAUGACGACCGCAGGGGAGCAGCAGAGGAUGGUGGAGCAGACUCUGCAGCAGAACCUGAUCGCAGUGGCCACCCAGCUGCCCCUGAAGAUCAAGGUCAACAGCAGAGAUGAUAGACAAGAGACUGCAUUGAACCUGUCUACCAACGGCAUUAGCAGCAUCAACAUGUCAAUAGAAAUAAAUGGAGUUGUCUACACAGGUAAAUAG